AGAACUCUAUUAAAAUGAAAAAAAAAAAGUAAAAAACAUUUAUUGAUUUCCUAUCAAGUUCUGAAAGUAAAAUAUCGAAAUAUGGAUAUUCAUAUUCAUGCAUCAGCUGCUCCAAUUUCGACCAAAAAUAUUGGCAUCGAAGAAACUCGUCGCUCUAUCACCUAUCAUCCUAGUGUUUGGGGAGACUAUUUCCUUGCAUAUACUUCUAACGAUAUAUAUGAGCAUGAAGAGCAAGAACGUCAAAAACAAAAAGAAGAAGUAAAAAAUCUGCUAGAAGUCAUUCCUGAUGAUUCUCUGCAUAAAUUAGACCUCAUCGAUACAAUUCAGCGUCUUGGCAUCGGUUACCAUUUUGAAACUGAAAUUGAAAAAUCUCUAAAAUUUAUAUAUCAUACUUGCCAUGUAAACCAUGAUGAACAAGAUAGUGACCUUCGUACCAUUGCACUUCGAUUUCGAUUACUUAGACAAGAAGGAUACUACGUCUCAUGUGAUGUUUUCAACAAGUUUAAAGAUCACCAAGGAAAAUUUGAUGAAUCUUUGAUUACCAAUUUACAAGGCUUGUUAAGCUUGUAUGAGGCUGCACAUUUUAGAGUACAUGGGGAGGAAAUUCUUGAGGAAGCAUUGAAGUUUACUACCACUUACCUCGAUUCGUCACUCACCCACAAGAGCAAUUAUAUGUCUAGACAAGUUAGUGAAGCAUUGGAGAUUCCGAUUCAUAAAACUUUGACAAGGCUGGGGGCAAGAAACUUCUUAUCUAUUUACCAACAAGAUGAAUCACAUAAUGACAUACUACUGAAUUUCGCAAAAUUGGAAUUCAACUUACUGCAGAACAUGCACCAGAAGGAGCUAAGUCACAUUACGAGGUGGUGGAAGUCUUUAGAGUUUGGAAGUAAAUUGCCGUUUGCAAGAGAUAGAGUCGUGGAAUGCUACUUUUGGAUAUUGGCGGUCUACUUUGAGCCGGAGUACUCUAUCUCUAGAAAAAUACUAACUAAAGUAAUCACAAUGUUUUCUGUUAUUGAUGACAUCUACGAUGUUUAUGGAACCCUAGAUGAACUUACACUUUUCACGGACGCAACUGAAAGGUGGAAUUUUAAAGACAUGGAUGAGCUACCAUUAUACAUGAAGUAUUGCUUUGAAGCCCUCUCUGAUGUUUGCGUUGAAAUUGCUGAAGAAUUGGAAAAGACAAGCAAAGGGUACGGUAUUCGUUACGUGAUAAAAGAGCACACACACACAGAAGAGUACAUGAAAGUCGCACUUAUAUCUAGUGGUUACAUGAUGUUAUCUACAACUUGUUUAGUAGGUAUGGGAGAGUUGGUGACCGAGGAAGCCUUUAACUGGAUUUCGACUGAAUCGAUAGCUGCAAAAGCAUCAUCAAUUAUUGCUCGGCUAAUGGAUGACAUGGCAGGACACGGAUUUGAGCAGAAAGUAUCAGCUGUUGAAUGUUACAUGAAUGAGAAAGGGGUCUCGAAGGAAGAAGCAUUUACUGAAUUACAAAAACUAGUUACAAAUGCAUGGAAGGAUAUAAACCAAGAAUGUCUUCAUCAAACUGUGGUACCAAUGGCCAUUCUCAUGCGAGUAGUCAAUCUUGCACGUGCCAUUAAUCUUCUUUACAGAGAUGGAGAUGGGUACACAAAUUCAAAAACCAAGUUAAGAGGAUUGAUAGCUGACGUACUUGUCGAACCAGUGAAAAUAUAGCUUUUAUGUGUGUGUGCGUGUGUUUUGAUUAAGAUUAAGUUUUAUUAAUAUUUCUUUAUUAAAUAAAUUUGGAAUUCAAUUUUGUUUGUCUCAAAUUAAUUAUGAUCAGGAUUUUUAAUCUUCGUUAUUAUCUAAACUUUGUAAGUAU